UCGUACUUUCUUUAUCGUGUGCGUGAGAGGGAGAGAGAGGAAAAGAGAGAACCGAUGCCGAUGUCGCUAUCCGCCUCGCUGCCCCGCGCGAUCUCCACCGUCCGAUGCCGAGUGGUGGCGGUGGUUGGGGGCAGAGGAGGGCCCAUCGCCCGCCCGUUUGGUUCCGUAGCAGCACCCACCACCACCGUCACGCCGCCCCUUUUCCUCCCGCUCCUCUCACGACGGUCUCUCGCCAGAACCCUUUCCUCCUCCCGCACCGACGAGGCCGUCUCCAUGCCGACCGAUGGUGGCGCGGUCGCCGACGCUGACAUGAACGCCGUCCAGAGGCGCCUCAUGUUCGAGGACGAGUGUAUCUUGGUAGAUGAGCAUGACAAUGUUAUCGGGCAUGAUUCCAAGUACAAUUGUCAUUUGAUGGAAAAAAUAGAAUCUGAGAAUCUGCUUCAUAGGGCAUUUAGUGUUUUCCUGGUUAACUCAAAGUUUGAGUUGCUACUUCAGCAAAGGUCUGCAACAAAGGUUACUUUUCCUUUGGUCUGGACAAAUACCUGUUGCAGUCAUCCUCUUUAUCGUGAUUCUGAGCUGAUAGAAGAGAACUUCCUUGGAGUAAGGAAUGCUGCACAGAGGAAGCUAUUGGAUGAACUAGGCAUACCUCCUGAAGAUUUACCUGUGGAUGAGUUUAUUCCACUUGGACGUAUACUUUACAAGGCCGCGUCUGAUGGGAAAUGGGGUGAACAUGAGCUUGAUUAUCUCCUCUUCAUUGUCCGAGAUGUAAAUUUGCAUCCAAACCCUGACGAAGUUGCUGAUGUGAAAUAUGUUAAUCGGGAUCAGUUGAAAGAACUGCUGAGAAAAGCAGAUGCCGGAGAAGAUGACAUAAAGCUGUCCCCCUGGUUCAGAUUGGUGGUCGAUAACUUCCUGCCGAAAUGGUGGGACCAUGUCGAAAUGGGUACUCUUCAGGAGACUGCCGAUAUGGAAACUAUUCAUAAGUUGACCUAAAGGAAGCCCAGGUGGCCUCACGAGACUCUGGUAUCAAGAAAUCUAAUCCUGCUUUGCUUUGUUUUUAUCUUUUUUUUUUCUUUCUUUCCGUCUAUUGUGAGCAAAUUGAAGUUUUAAGAGUCCAGAUAUCAUUUGUGGCUUGGAUCAUAUUUAAUGCUUCUGUUCUGUGAACAAUGAUAGAAGUAAUGUGAAGUUUAUUAACUA